GGAUAGGAUUAUCAGGAAUGACAAUUCCAUUGGGAAUGGAAUUCGAAGAUCCGGAAGUAACAUUACUCGCAGAACAAUUACAACAAAUGACAGUUGCAGCGGAACAUGAAGCACCACAGAAUAAACAAGAAAAAAAAUUAAAUCAAAUCUAUAUAGAAGGAGCACAAAGAGAAAUAGAUCAAUUUAGAAAACAAGUAAUUGAAAAGGAUAAUACUAAAAAGAAAAGAAAAGGAAAGGCAAAAAGCCUAAAUAUAACUUUUAACCAACAAGAAAGCAAAGUCAAAUCACCCAAAAUGGGAACAUUUAUUAAAACACAGUUGUCACAACUAGAUAGAAUCCUACAACUUGAAAAGGAACAAGAAGAUCCAAGAAUCAGAGCAGGAUUAAGACAACUAAAACAACGAUUAGAAAGUAUGGAAACAAAUUAUAAAUACGUUUCCCAAUUAACAAAAGAACAAACUAACGAACACAUCCAGGAAAUUGAGAAAGUCACAAACAGAAAAAUAUUAGAAGCCGAAACAGCAGAAGACAAAAAAGCCUACCUAUACAAAAUGAUAUCCGCAUUAACAGAAACAAAAGAUGCUAUUCUCUGA